AUGAUCUCGAGAGCGUUCGCCGAAAGGUACAACGACUCGCUGCCCGGCACCCUCUCCUCCAAUCGCAUUCGUCCCGCUGGUAGGGCUGGCAGUGCUGCAUUCGCAGUCCUGGUGGGCAGCAGCGCCGUGCUGUGGCGCCCCUUUCUGCAGCACUGCGCCGCGAAUGGGGAGUGGGCGGCGCUGCCGCACCCACUGGAGGCCUACGUCGAGUGCGCCGUGAGCGCUGUGCUGGCCAGUCUGCCCCAGCCCCCUGCACGUGUCGUCUGGUCCCACUCCCAGACCGACUGCCUCGCCGGCGAGGCACCGGGGUACGUGGCCAUGCAGCGAGCGGCCGUUGCAGCAGGCACAGCGUGGCUGGACCCCUGCAGCCACCUGCUCGUGCACCCGCGCCACGGCCCCUGGCUCUCCCUGCGCUGCCUCCUCCUCUUUGACGACCUGGCCUGGGCCGAGGCCCAGCCGCCGCCCCUGCCCUGUCCCCUCGCCCCGGGCGUGCAGCAGGCGGUGCGGGCCCGCUUCGAGGCCGCGCUGCAUGCCACGAGCCGCGGCUCGAUCCCCCAGCGGGACCAGGUCCAGCGGGUCUGGGAGAUGUGGGUGGCCACGCGGGAGGCCCUGAGCCCAGGGCACCCUGGGAGGUACUGCGACAGCCAGCUGCAGUACCACUACACCCGCAACAAGGUCGUCCUGCGGGACACCAUGGAGGCUGUGUCGGCCACCCAGUAA